AUGAAUACAUCUCUGCCGGGAGUUCAACGCAUUGAUCAAAUAUUUUUCCCUAACAUGACGGAUCUGAUAUUGUGGUUUUGCGCUGGACGCGAUGGCGUUAUCAGAAACAGACGGACAUUGUACCUGACAUUAAAAUAUCAUACCAGGUACGAGCUCACUAUCAGGCAACUACGUAGGCCGAAGAAGAUUUGA